CUCGCCUUCCUUUGUAGCGGAUCUUCCGCCCGCGCGUGCGCAGUAUCCUGCAGACCCGGAAUCGCGUUUAAAUGCCCGACAGAGAGUUCUGGGGGUCACUUCCCAAGACUGAUCUUACCUGAGAAGGAAGCCCAGAGGAAGAGGAAAGCAAGGAGUCAGAAAUGACUCGUUCAGAGGCUAAUUCUCUGGAGCAUGGAAUCCUGCUGAGCUCACUUUCUUGCCUAGGCUUUCCAGACCUCCUCGAGAGAAUGCCCUGUGCCUUCGGACAGCUGACAUUCCAGGAUGUGGCCAUAGACUUCACUCAAGAGGAGUGGGAGUGCCUGGACCUCGGUCAGCGGGAAUUAUACAGGGAUGUGAUGUUACAGAACUAUGGGAACCUGGCCUCCUUGGGUCUUGUCUCUAAACUGGACCUGGUUGCCUUUCUGGAGCAAUUGAAGGAUCCCAGGAAUAUAAAGAGAAUGGAGACAACAGCCAUUUACCCAGCUAUGUCUCCACAAGACACCCAGGAUUUGAUGCCGAAGAAUGCAGCGUUAAAAGAUAUAUUCCCAAAAGCAAACCUAGGAAUAGAUCAAAUAUUUCUGAAAGACUGGGAAUAUACAAGGGUAUAUGAAAGACAGAGAGGAUGUUUAUAUGGACAUAAAGAAAUGGAAACAGUUACACAUAAUGCUAACAUUACUGGAAAAAUAAAGGAAAAACGUGAGUCAAAUUGGGAAAAAGACCAACUUCAGUCCUCAACAUCUGCCGAGAAGUGUAAGUGUUUAAGAAAAGAUUUCCAUCGUCUUUUGAAACAUGAAUGUUCUCUGAAAGGAAACGUGGAAAGUCUGAAAGGUAAUCUAGUCUCUCCUGCAGAUACUGAUUCAGACAAUUCUGAACGAAGGCUUCGACUAAACAUACAUUCAAGCAUGUCUGAACACCUACAAUUUAACAAUGAGUGGGCAAACUCACAAUCUAAUCAAUUUGAGGGAUCCGUGAGCAGGGGGUCAUUUGUCUUCCCCCAACAGAUAUUUUCUCUGCAUUCCAAGAUGUAUCAUGGUGAUGAUAAUGGAACAGACACAAUCCAACCAUUAUUGUUCAGUACAUAUUGUGAUAUGGUUAAUACACAACAACUUUCUAUGUGUAAUAAAAUGAGUCAUGCCUUAAAUAAGAGCUCCAAUUCCAAUAAUUACAAGAAUAUUUAUGGUGGAGUGAGAAGGUAUUCAGGCAAUGAAACUGGGUAUACAGUUGAAGGAGAUGCAAACCUUAUGAAACAUCAGGGACCCGAAUCUUCAGACAAGGAUUCUAAAAGUAGUAAAUGUAGAAAUACCUUUGAUCAAAUGUCAGGUUUUUCUCUAGAUAAGACUACUUGUCCUGAAGAGAGGAUUUGUAGUGAAUAUGGUCAGGUUUCUAAUCAGUCUUCAGAACUUAUUCAACAGCACACUGUUCAGAAUCCACAGAAAGAAAACCAGUGUAAGAUAUGUGGGAAAGUGUUUAGUAAGUCAUGCCAUCUAAGUAGACAUAACAAAAUUCAUACAGGAAGGAAACCUUUCAAAUGUACAGAAUGUAGCAAAGUGUUUAACCUUCGCUCACUUCUUACUAAACAUCAGAGAAUUCACACUGGAGAGAGACCUUUCAAAUGUACAGAAUGUGGCAAAGCCUUUACUUACAACUCACAUCUUACUCAACAUCUGCGAAUUCAUACUGGAGAGAAACCUUAUAAAUGUACAGAAUGUAGCAAAGCCUUUGUCUGUUACUCACAUCUAACCUAUCAUCAGCAAAUUCAUACUGGAGAAAGAGCUUAUAGAUGUACAGAAUGUAGCAAAGCCUUUAUCUGUUACUCACAGCUAACCUAUCAUCAGCGAAUUCAUACCGGAGAGAAGCCUUAUAAAUGUAAAGAAUGUAACAAAGCCUUUCAUCGUCUCUCACUUCUUACUGGACAUCAGCGAAUUCAUUCUGGGGAGAGACCUUAUAAAUGUAAAGAAUGUGACAAAGCCUUUAUUCAGUGCUCAAAUCUUACUCGACAUCAGCAAAUUCAUACUGGAGAGAAGCCUUAUAAAUGUAAAGAAUGUAACAAAGCCUUUCAUCAGUACUCAGUUCUUACUACACAUCAGCGAAUUCAUUCUGGGGAGAGACCUUAUAAAUGUAAAGAAUGUAGCAAGGCCUUUAUUCAGUGCGCACAUCUCACUCAGCAUCAGCGAAUUCAUACUGGAGAGAGACCUUAUAAAUGUACAGAAUGUGGCAAAGCCUUUAGUCACAGUAGUAAUCUCACUAAACAUCUGAGAACACACACUUGAGAGAAACCCUAGUAAUGGAACAAGUGAUGGGAGAGGAUUGUCCUAAACAUGCAUCAAAAAACACAAGAGUUUAUACAAGAAACCUAUGGAAAUGAUGUAACAAAUAUGUUGAAAGUUAUUUAAUCAAAAGUUAAAUUGAAGUAAAUAUCAGAGAUUGCAUACUAGAAGUCAUUUCAUCAAUUUUGUUUUCAGAAGUUUCUCUGAAGGAGAAUGACUGCAGGGAGUACUUCAUAGUUAAAACAGAUAGAAAAUGGAUAUUUUACCAUGAAUUGUGACAUGAAGGUUAAUGGUAUGGUUCAGUUCAGUUCAGUCGCUCAGUCAUGUCCAACUCUUUGCGACCCCAUGAAUCGCAGCAUGCCAGG